UGCUACUGUGACACCACAGACGUUGUGGUCGAUGAGGAACCUGUGUACAUAACAUCUCCGCGAUUCCCAAACUCAUACUGUCCCAAUUUCCGGUGCAAAAGGCAAUUUCGCCAUAGCGAUACCUCACGUGAAGACGUCGGCUAUUAUUUUCUGGUUACAGUACAUUUUCUUAGCACAGAACCCAACAUAGACUACAUUGAAUUCCUCUCAGAAGGAACCCCUUUAUACAGGUUCAACGGAACUCAUGAAGACGUGCGAUUUGUUGUCCCGAAUGACGUCAUGGAAACAGUGUUUGUCACCGACGAUUCGGUGGAAGCUCAUGGAUACAACAUGACUGUUAAGUCGAUCCGUGUUCCCAUA